UUCGCCUGCUCAGAAUGAUGACACCACAAGUUCAAAUGCUUCGCAACCUUCUAUUAAUCAACUGUCGGACGUUCCGUCCGCAGAGGUCCAAUAUACUGAUAUACGAAUUAGUUCGCCUGCUCAAAAUGAUGACACAAGUUCAAAUGCUUCACAACCUUCUAUUAGUCAACUGUCGGACGUUCCGUCCACAGAGGUUCAAUAUACUGAUAUACGGGUUAGUACGCCUGCUCAGAAGGAUGACACCACAAGUUCAAAUGCUUCGCAACCUUCUAUUAUGCAAGUGUCGGACGUUCCGUCCACAGGGGUCCAAUAUAUUGAUAUACAAGUUGGUUCGCCUGCUCGUUUUUCUAUUAGUCAAGUGUCGGACGUUCCGUGCGCAAAAGUCCAAUAUACUGAUAUACAAGUUGGUUCGCCUGCUCAGAACGAUAACACCACAAGUUCAAAUGCUUCGCGUUUUUCUAUUAGUCAAGUGUCGGAUGUUACAUCAACGGAGGUCCAAUCUACUGACAUGCAAGUUAGUUCGCCUGCUCAGAACGAUAGCACCACAAGUUCAAAUGUUUUGCAACCUUCUAUUAGUCAACUAUCGGACGUUCCAUCCACAGAUGUCCAAUAUACUGAUAUACGAGGUUCGCCUGCUCAGAACGACGACAUCACAAGUUCAAAUGCUUCGCAACCAAUUGUCAGUCACAGAGGUCCAAUAAACUGA